AAAAUCGGAAAGUUCCUCGAAAACAGCACUUGCCCCCCAGGAAAAGCGAUCCAGACCGAGAUUUUUGCGGCGGUUGUACCACCACCACCUGUGGCUGUCCCAGCUCAGGCUGUUGCAUGUCUGCAGGGAAAAAGCAGGCGCCGUUUCCGCGUUGCUCCUGCCUCCUUCUGUUUGCGAAAUCUGCGCCUCUUUGACAGCUCUUUUCUGUCGGUUUGUGAGGAUGCCGCGAGUCGGGAGUUAGUUCCCGUGGUGCCGGAUCCACAUUUUUCUCAGGUCCGUUUUCCGGGCGGGCGCCACUUUCGAGUUUCAGCUUGCGUCUCACUAGCUUUUUUUUCGUCGUCUUCUCUCGCGCCUCUACGCUUUUUUCUCCACUUCCUGCAUGACUCGAGGAAAACUCUCCCGUCGAAUGUAUGUCUCCUCUUUCGUAGGUCUCCUCAGCUGUCUGACGAACCCCCAAAUGGGUUCUGCCUUCCCGUUUCGCGCGCGUUCAGUGUGCACUCCUUUUCGCACUUGAUUCUGGAGCGAGUGUCUUUUUCUCCAGCUGUUUCCUUCUCUCUUCGUCUUAAUUGUCCGUCACAAUGCCGCCCUCCGCGCAGCCGUCAGAGACACCGGAAGCUCCUCCCGAGGAGAAGCGUGGAGAAACCGGAAAGGCUGAGAACAGCGUGGCUGCUCUGUUGAAGAAGGGCCAGGACCUGGUCGGCGCGGACCCCCAGAAAGCGAUUGCGUUGAUUGAAGAAGCGAACCGACUCGCGUACCAGUGUGCGGUGAAAGACCCCCAGGUGGAGAAACGACCGCUUCCGCCACCGAGCGUGGAGGAAGCUAUGCGCCUCCAGGAGCAAGGCAUUGCUCUCCUCGCCUCGCUCUACGCGAGCCAGGGGGACUGCGAGUCUCUCCAGCAGCUGAUGCGGUCGUCGCUGCCCUUCUUCUCGCUUCUGGCCAAAGCACGAACCGCGAAACUUGUGCGAAUCCUCGUCGACGCCGUGGCAGAGCUCCCCGGCGCCGAGCACGCUCUCGUCGAACUCUGCAAAGAAGUGAUUCCCUGGUGUCAGGGCGAGAAGCGGACCUUCCUCCGCCACAGAGUCGAGAUCCGCCUUGCGCAGGUGUACGUCCAGCUGGGCAUGCUGCAGCAGGCGCAGCCUGUGCUGCAGCAGCUGCUUCAGGAGGUGAAGAAGUUGGACGACAAGCUGCUCUUGGUGGAGAUCCACUUGAUCGAGUCGCGACUCCAGUUCAAAGUCAAGAACUAUCCGAAGGCUCGCGCGGCGCUGACGGCUUCCAGAACGAAUGCCAACGCGAUUCACUGUCCCCCUCUUCUCCAGGGAGACAUCGACUUGCAGGCUGGCAUCCUCGCAGCCCAAGACCGAGACUACAAAACGGCGUUCUCCUACUUCUUCGAAGCGUUCGACGCCUUCAGUGCUCAAGACGCCGCUCACCACUCUCAGCGGCCACCGAGUGCUGCUGGAGCUGCGGUCGCUGCAGCGGCCAAAGGCACCCCGACACCAGGUCCGUCGAGAGCGCUGCAGGCGCUGAAGUACAUGCUGUUGUCGAAGAUUCUUCAAGGAAAAGAAGAGGAAGUGAGCUCGUUGCUCACUGGAAAGCAAGGACUGCGGUACUACUCGAUGGACGCGGCUUCCGCCAGCAACAGACAGGCGGGCGCUGCUGCCUCAAACACGAGACGGGACCUGGAGGCGAUGCGGGAGCUUGCACUCUGCCACAAGCAGCGUUCGCUGAAGAAGUUCGAGGAAGUUCUCCACGAGUUUUCGACGGAGCUGGAGGGCGACGAAGUGCUCAUGCACCACAUCGAUGAACUCUACGAAAACCUGUUAGAAAAGAAUCUGCUCCAACUGCUGCGGCCCUUCUCCAGAGUCGAGCUGGCUCACGUCGCCCAACUCAUCGGCUUGCCGGGCCCCAAAGUCGAGGAGAAGUUGAGUGCGAUGAUUCUCGACGGGAAGCUCCACGGAACGCUCGACCAGGGCGUAGGAGUCUUGCUCCUGUUUGAGGAACAAGUGCUCCCCGAGAUGCACCUCGACGCUCUCGCGACCAUCAAAAACAUGGCGCAAGUCGUCGACACCCUCUACGAAAAGAGUCUGCAAGCUCUCUAGUGGCCGCGCGCAUGCAGCCUUUGCUCGGGAGGCCUGGCGCGCGCCGGAAGAAGGAGAACGGGGGCUCCAGUGUGUGGAAGAGUGAAGUUCUGCCGCAGGCUCACGACGAAGUGCUCCGCUUCUAUGCUGGUUACAGACUCGCGUUUCUCGAAGCAGAAAUCUACUUCCUGGGCUCUGAUACCGCAGACGAGAAAAGGCAACGCGCUGUCGGGGACGCUGCAUCGAGGGAAGAGGGGCAUUUUCUGAACUCAGUCAAAAAAUCACUUUUUUCACCGGCUGCUCCAUCUUCUCGAGGCACCAGACUCCACAGAGGUCACGGCCCUCUCAUCUUCACAGGUUUUCCCCGCUCUGGGUGUACAGACAGACGGGGAACCUACGAAACCGAAUAGGGUAAACGUGUCUCUGUACAACGAACAGCGAUAUUAAACUGGAUCAUUCAAAUCGAACACAAACUCUAUAGGACCUAGGAUACGGAGUGGAACUCCCUGUUGGCAUAAAUGCUAGCAGGCCCUCGACUGUGGUAGAAAUUAUUUUCCAGCCGGAUACUGUGCGAGCUCAAGUAUUACAGCAGACUCCACUGACAAGGAUAUUCAUCAUUUCUCAAGCCCGAAAAAAACGCGUUUGCAGGCAACAACGGAAGUUCGAUUGCAAUGUCUAUCGUGUUGGCGCCGGCACAAUUCUGCCUGAGAGCAGGGAAUCCGACCGUCUCGUCUUACGCAGCAUGCGACGAUAGCUGCUCACCUUGUCUGUCCUUUAAGUGAUUCCAAGGACCCCUCUAGCGUCUACACACUACCUUCUUCGUAGGCCUCUCGUGCAUUUGCUAGUGUUCAACAUCUAGUUAGAGAAGCAGCAGAGGCCUGAAUGGCAUCAGAUUAUGUUGCGCGCGACAGACCAGCCUCUUCGGAACUCUAGCGUGUGUCGGAUCAAGUGGCUC